CUUUUCUUUAUUAUUUCAGAAUAUCAGAUGACAUUGGAAUAACUGAAGAUACAUUCUCAUUAUUUAUCAUCUUUUAAAGACCAAAAUGAAAAUAUUGUACAGAGCAGAUAUAUAAGAUUGUUUCUAUGAAUCUAUGGUAGAAUUCCUCUGAUAUAUUUACUCUGAAAUGUGUUAUUAGCAAACUUUCAGGACAUCACUGGCUGGAGUGUCUACAAGAUGAGUCUGGUUGCAGAUUAAACGUGGAUAAAUUUACUAAAGAGUUUUGGGACAAAGGUAAUAUUAGACAGAAACACAACAGCAGAAAUAUUUGUUAACAAAGAACUAUAGAAGCAAAAAGAAAAAAAUACCUAUUGUGAUUUUAGAAGUAAAAUAAUGGAAAAGAAUAAGAAAAUAAAGGAACGGAUUUUGCCAGAAGAUACAGAAAAUGGGAGACGAAAAUUGUCAUAUGACUGUGAUGUCUGUAAAAGGUCUUUCUCUCAAAAGAUUUGCUUCACUAUACACCAACGUAUUCAUGCAGGAGAGAAACCUUAUCACUGUGAUGUUUGUGGUAAAUCAUUCUCUCAAAAUGGUAGCUUGACUACACACCAACGUAUUCAUACAGGGGAGAAACCUUAUCACUGUGAUGUUUGUGGUAAAUCAUUCUCUCAAAAUGGUAGCUUGACUACACACAAACGUAUUCAUACAGGAGAGAAGCCUUAUCACUGUGAUGUCUGUGGUGUGCCAUUCUCUCAGCGAAGUUCUUUAGGUUAUCAUAAGCGUUUGCAUACAGGGGAGAAGCCAUUUCACUGUGACAUCUGUGGUAAAUCAUUCUCUAAAAGUAAGAACUUGACUACACACAAGCGUAUUCAUACAGGAGAGAAGCCAUUUCACUGUGACAUCUGUGAUAAAUCAUUCUUUCACAAAGGUAGCUUGACUACACACACACGUAUUCACACCGGAGAGAAGCCUUAUCACUGUGAUGUCUGUAGUAUGUCAUUCUCUAACCGAAGUGCUUUGAGUUAUCACAUCCAUGUUCACACAGGGAAGAAGCCAUUUCACUGUGACAUUUGUGGGAAAUCAUUCUCUGGAAGUAGUGCAUUGUCUAACCACAAAUAUAUUCACACCGGAGAGAAGCCUCACCACUGUGAUGUCUGUGGUGCAUCAUUUUCUCAGAGAAGUGCUUUUAAUUUACACAUGCGUUCCCAUACAGGGGAGAAGCCAUUUCACUGUGACAUUUGUGGUAAAUCAUUCUCUGGAAGUGGUACAUUGACUACACACAAAUAUAUUCAUACAGGAGAGAAGCCAUUUCACUGUGUUGUCUGUGGUAAAUCAUUCUCUCAGAUGAGUGCUUUUAAUUCACACAUGAGUUCCCAUACAGGGGAGCAGCCAUUUCACUGUGAUAUCUGUGGUAAAUCAUUCUUUCAAAAAAUUGGCUUGACUGCACACAAACGUAUUCAUACAGGAGAGAAGCCAUAUCAGUGUAACAUCUGUGGUACAUCAUUCUCUCACCGAAAUACUUUAAUUUCUCACAUACGUAUUCAUACAGGGGAGAAGCCAUAUCACUGUGACAUUUGUGGUAAAUCAUUCACUGUAAAAACUACAUUGACUGCUCAUAAACGUAUUCAUACUGGAGAGAAGCCAUAUUACUGUGUUGUCUGUGGUAAAUCAUUCUCUCAGCGAAGUGCUUUAAAUUCUCACAAACGUGUCCAUACAGGAUAGAAGCCAUAUCGGUUUAACAUCUGUGGUAAAUCAUUCUCUCAAAGUAGUACUUUAACUUCUCAGAAAUGUGUUCAUAUAGGAGAGACAACAUAUACUUGUAAUAUCUGCAGUAAAUUUUCUUGUAACAGUUCUUUAACUUAACAUAAUUGUAUUCAUACAGGAGAGACACCAUAUUCUCGUGGCAUCUGUGGUAAAUCACAAUGACAACUUAUCCACUCACAAGCGUAUUCAUACAGGAGAGAAGCCAUAUCACUGUGAUAUCUGUGAAUAUCAGAUGACAUUGGAAUAGCAGAAGAUACAUUCUCAUUAUUUAUCAUCUUUUAAAGACCAAAAUGAAAAUAUUGUACAGAGCAGAUAUAAAAGAUUGUUUCUAUGAAUCUAUGGUAGAAUUCCUCUGAUAUAUUUACUCUGAAAUGUGUUAUUAGCAAACUUUCUGGACAUCACCGGCUGGAGUGUCUACAAGAUGAGUCUGGUUGCAAAUUAAACUUGGAUAAAUUUACUAAAGAGUUUUGAGACAAAAGUGACAAUGGAUAAAAAUACAGCAGUUGAAAUAUUUGUAAACAAAAGACUAUAGAAGCAAAAAGAUUUUAGAAGAAAAAUAAUGGAAAAAAGUGAAAAUCUUAUUUUUCCUGAUGAUAAGAAAAGGGAGACACAAAAAUUGUCACAUGACUGUGAUGUUUGCAAGAAGUCCUCGCAAAAGGGUAACUUAAAUAAGCCCAAAUGUAUUCAUACAGGGGAGAAGCCAUUUCGCUGUGAUAUCUGUGGUAAAUCAUUCUCUAAAAAAUAUGAAUUGACUAGACACAAGCCUGUUCAUACUGGAGAGAAACCCUAUCACUGUAAUAUUUGUGGUGCAUCAUUCUCUAACCGAAGUGCCUUAAAUUCUCACAAACGUGUUCAUACAGGAGAGAAGCCGUAUCAGUGUAACAUCUGUAGCAAAUCAUUCUCACAUAGUACUUCUUUAACAACUCACAAACGUAUUCAUACAGGAGAGACGCCAUUUUCCUGUAAUAUUUGUGGUAAAUCAUUCCCUCAAAGUAGUGCUUUAACUUCUCAUAAACGUAUUCAUACAGGAGAGAAGCCAUAUCACUGCAACAUCUGUAACAAAUCUUUCUCUUUCAAUAGUAGCCUAGCCAAUCACAAACGUAUCCAUACAGGAGAGACACCAUAUUCUUGUGAUAUCUGUGGUAAAUCAUUCUCCCGGAAUGACAACUUAGCUACUCACAAGCGUAUUCAUACAGGAUAAAAACCAUAUCACUGUGAUAUAUGUGGUAAAUCAUUCUCUGUGAGUUCUAGCUUAUCUAAACACAAACAUAUCCAUACAGGAGAGAAGCCAUGUCCUAUCCCAACAUAGCAACUUGACUUCUCACAAAUGUGUUCAUACGGGGGAGAAGCGAUCUGUCUGAUAUUUGUAGUAAGCCCUUCUCUGUAAGUGGUUACUUAACCUUUUACCAUGCAGAUUAUUCUGUUGAAUAUGAUGUUUAUUUAAUCACGUUAUUUUAAAUUUGUCAUGUAUUAUCUCAGCUUUUAAAUUUCAAUGAUGUGAUUGUUUAUUUUUAGAAUGACAUUGUCGGGUAGGCAUAAGAGGCUGAGUCUGGUUAGUUUGAACAUAAAAUAGGUUGAAUAUUUCUGCCAGAUAUGGCUGGUUUAAAUGCUAAUGGGUUAACACUAGAAGUAUCAACAUUUCUUUUUUCUUACAAAUCUCAAAGUGGUCAUUUUUGACUGCCAUUGAAAACUUUUAUUCAGUACAAUUUUCUUUAAAUAUGAGCAAAUGCAGUGAAUAAAGGAUUUGAAAAUACAGUCUUUUAGCAUUUGUUUACAUGCAAAAAAUAUAUAUCUAUACACAUAUGAAAUGAUGCUUAUGAUUGCACCAUUCAAUAGAGUUGUAGAAAUUAAAAAGUAAAAAGCAAAAGUGGUGAUAAAUGACUGCUUGGUACUGCGAGUGUUAACUAAAUGUUUAUCUAUUACACUCUCAGAGUGAUUGGUGUUAGAAAGGGCAUCAAGCCAUAGAAAACAUGCCAAAUCAGAGAAGAAUCUUAUCCAGUAUUCCAGUUUGCGAAACCAUGCCAACAUGGACAACAGACAUUUAAUGAUGAUGUGUGUAUUUCAGUAUUGUCAACAUUGAUCAUGUGAUUAGGGUUGGACUAAAUCCGUUGCAAAGAUCAAAUGGUCUUAACUAGCCAACAGAUGUCUGAGCAACAGUUUUUAUCCCAACAUAGAAAAAUUCUCUUCCUGCCCACCAGUCAUUAUAUAUGGAACUGUCCCUCAUGUUUUUGAGCAGAGAGAAAGAGAAGGAGAGAGAGAUCAGAUCACAACAACCGAUGCUGCCCAACACACAGAACCAAGCCAUGAACUUGCUACAGAAUUUCAACCACGAUACAACUUCCACUGUUCCAGACAAAAGUUACUUAAAACUUGCAAAACCAGUUACUUCACAAUAUGUAAGACAUUUGCCAUGUAUUUUUAUAAGGGGUUGUAAUAAAUAACAGUUGCAUUGAAUUUA